GAGGGAAAACGCAGCCGAGGAGCUCUAUUACUGCAUCGCUGCCUUCUCUCCUUUCUGGCUCCGGAGGCGCUGGCGAUCAUGUGCCGCCCGGCUGAGAACGUCUGGGCGGUGGCAGCGGCGGCGGAGGCUGCAUCCGGCACCCUCUGGUGAGAUGGGCAUCCCGCCCGCUCGCCGCAGCUCCCGGGAAGCACGGCCAGAGCCCCCGGAGGAUGCACUGCAGGCAUCUGAGCCCUGCUAAUCAAAAGAGAAGCUGGACAACGUCCUUUCCAGUCAGCACUUGGCACAAGCAUGGAGUGGUGAGGGGAGCCUGAAUGGCUGUCGCUGGGCUGUCUCUGCUCUGGGUGGAAGCUGUGUGGUGCCCAGGAACGUUAUCCUCCAAAGAGACAAGGUUAAGGAGUUAGGUGGAUCAGGUGUUUCCAAGAGGAGCACUGGGCUGCACAAUCCUGUAGUCCACACUGCUUGAGUCCCCAGCUUUUGUGCAAGCCUCAUUUGAACCUGCUCGAGCCAUGAAACUCUGUGCCAGUCAGUUUAAACAAACAGCUCUCUAGGACACAAAGGAGAUGGGAAGCCAGAUCCAAUGCUUUGCUAAGAAAGGGGAAGUGGAAGGGAAUGUCAUCGAAUCAUAGAAUCAACCAGGUUGGAAGAGACCUCCAAGAUCAUCCAGUCCAACCUAGCACCCAGCCCUAGCCAGUCAACUAGACCAUGGCACUAAGUGCCUCAUCCAGGCUUUUCUUCAACACCUUCAGGGACGGCGACUCUACCACCUCCCUGGGCAUCCCAUUCCAAUGGCAAAUCACUCCUCCCUGCUGACCCAAUGUCCAAAACAUAACUCAUGGCCCCUCCAACAAAAAGACUGGGAGCAAUUUCUGGGUCAGCACAAGAACUCUGCACAAUGCAAAGAUGAAGAUGGGAGGAACCUGGCUGUGUCUGCCCGUUGGAGAGCACUUGCUGGCUCUGGGACACAGGCACUUUUCAAACAAAUGGCAAACCAAGAUGGACUUCAUGAAAUUCAAGUUGUUUGUUUGCCUGGUAGCAUUCAGCUGCGCUAGCUUUGUGUUUUUUUACACCAGUAUGACAGAAUUCUGUAUAAUCUGUGAGAACAGCCAAGAUUACAUAUUUCCUAUAGAGACUUUUAGGAGAAUGAGAGGAAAUUUCUUGCAGCUCCCAGAUAUAGACUGCCAUAAGAACCCACCUUUCCUUGUCCUACUUGUGGCAUCCUCAUACCACCACUUUGACGCCAGGAUGGCAAUCCGGCAAACCUGGGGGAAGGAAAGAACGAUCUCUGGCCAGCGCUUGGUGACCUAUUUCCUCCUGGGGAGCACUGUGAAUUCCAGCCAGCAGGCUGAUAUUGCUGCUGAAAGCCAAAAGUACAGAGACAUCAUCCAAAAGAAUUUUACUGACACAUAUUACAAUUUGACACUGAAGACCAUGAUGGGAAUGGAAUGGAUUCACAGAUUUUGUUACCAGUCCAGCUUUGUGAUGAAAACCGACACAGAUGUGUUUGUCAAUGUUUUUUACCUCACCCAGCUCCUUCUGAGGAAAAAAAGGACCACUGGAUUCUUCACAGGCUUUUUAAAGCUGCAUGAGAACCCCAUACGUAAAAAAGGGAGUAAGUGGUAUGUGAGUAGAGAAGAAUACCCGGGAAAGACCUACCCACCCUUUUGUUCUGGCACUGGCUACGUUUUAUCCACUGAUGUUGCCAGUCAGAUCCAUAACAUUUCAGAGAACGUUCGGUUCAUCAAACUGGAGGAUGUAUUCAUCGGGCUCUGCCUUGACAAACUGAAAAUUGGGCUGCAAGAGCUUCAUUCAGAGCAGACAUUUUUUCCAGAAAGGAUUAGGUUCUCUGUUUCUCGCUUUAAGAAAAUCGUGAUGUGCCAUGAAGUAGAACCACCCGAGCAGCUGAGCUACUGGAAUCACUUAGUGACAGAAAAUAAUGGAGGAACACUCUAGCACCUUCCCUGCUUAAACCACUGAACUUCAAUGCACUGCAUUUACAGGGCUGCUCUUAACUCCAGCAAAACUCCCAACAAAAGACUUUUUUUAAAGGUUAUUUUAAAUGCAAGGAUAUGCAAACGUCUUUCUCUUGCAUUCACUCCCACCUCUUUGUAUCCCUUCUCCGUAUGAGUUACAACUAUUAUUUUUCUCUGAAAGAUACAGGACUGCAAACCUGCCCUCCAAAUCUUUCUGCUACAGGACCAAGAACAUUUCUGCAAUGCCAAAAUGAAAUUCAAAGUACUUCCAUUCAGAAAAGGAAAUCUGCAUUCUCUUCCUGGUGCCCCAUGAUAAAUUUCUGCAUUUGCACCCAUCUGUGCAGGCACUCAAGAAAUGGUGUUUGGAGCUGUCAGGAUGUUCCCCUCCUCGCACAGGCAACUGCAGCCCUGCCCUCGCAGCCCUCUCUGUGUGGGCAGAACUGCAGACUGGCACAGAUCCCUCCUUCAGACUACACAAUGAGGUGGGUUUUUUUGCAGGGAUGGAAGAAUUUGCCCAUGCAGUGUCCUUGGGACACCCUUGCGUACUGCAGGUCCCCUGGUGAGAACGUGAAAGGCUACUGUGUAUGUUUUGUUAUAUGUGCCUCUGCUGAAAAUGGCAUCUGGCAGAGCUGGAUCCAUGCUUAGUGGAGAGUGUCCUGGUCUUUAUGUUAAAAUAGACCCCAGAGACAUAAGUACAUUUGUGUCUCACUUCACUUGAUUUGCCUAAGCUAAACUAGAGUCACUUACAGUGAGCUAAACAGUACAACUGAUUUAGACAUUUUUUCCCCUAUGAGGAACUGGGUGUGUGAGGCAGAACACAGGAGGACUUUACUCUUUUAAAGAGGACAUGAUGAGAGGAGGUGCCCAAGUAAUCAUUCAGGCUGGAAACCUCAUUUCUUAAUUCAUUACCCAACAAGGACUCCUUAAAAUCACUGGGAUGUCUGUAGGUUUCAGAAAUAAGAGACUACAGUAAAUGCUGUGGGAAAUGCAUUUGGGCUAUGGAAAGGAAAAAAGGAAUUCACAAAAUCAUGCCUUAUGCAAUACUCCUGUUUGAUUUACUUUCAGUCAAAGAGAAGGUCAGUUUUGCCAGCAAAGAAUUAUUGGAUGCCUGUACUAGGUGUGAAAUAUUUUCUCCAGGGCAUAGCAAAACUGGGGCUGUUGCCUAGCAGAGGAUGAGCCAGGAGCUGAGGGAUCUUAGAGGGCUCAGCCCCACACACCCAUGCAAUGGAGCAGGACAGAGCCACAGAUGGUGGCAAGAUUCUCAAUCAUAAGGCAGCAUCAUGGUGAUAAGGUAGGUCUGAGGUCAGUCCAGUAACGGCCAAGCCCUGACAGUGGCAGGUAGGGGUUAGGAUCAACGCCAGUGAGAGCAACCAGAGCCAGACAUUGUCCUGGGGUGGCAGGGCAAGGCCUCGGGGGUAGGAACUAUGCUGAAUGUGCUAAAAAGCAUGGAAGGCAGACAGGGAAAGUGAUUUUAUGACUUUGGAGUUAUUUUACUGUUUGCUUUAUUUUUUAUUAAAGUUUGUGAGGACUUUUCAA